AUGACACUGGCGAACUAUUUUCUUUUCGUUUCGAUAUUUUUUUAUGUCUACUGUUUGAAAUUGGCCGCAGAGAGACGAUGCGAAGAAAGUAGAGGAAGCAUUAGUAAAGUGGGUAUAAAUCAUCGUGCUAUGCAAGGACACAGCUUUAAAAAUUAUACGCCGUCGAAAGCGUACGACUGUCAUGUAAAAUGCUUUGAGGAGAAAUGUAAAUGCCAGGCGUACCAAAUAACACAAAAUCGAUGUGAGUUGCUGGAAGAAGACAGGUUUUCUGCUCCUGAAGACUUUCUGGAGGAAAAGGGAUACACGUACUACGAUAUGAAUAGAGAAUACGUCAACCAGGUAACCGUUGAAUCUAAAAUAUGUCUCCCACUUUGCUAAAGGUAGACAUGAGAGUAAUCAUUGCAUUUCGGCUUUCAUCAUUUUCCUCUAGUCAAAUAGUCAAUAAAACAGGUUCCAAUAUUUUGAUAGAUCGAAAUGGCUUUGCACGGUUUUGGAAGGUUGACGUUUUGAAAUACUGGUAAAUUAAUGCAUCUCAAAGAGAUAUUCUGUUUUCUUGUUGCUCUCUUUUAAGAAUGUGGUGAUUUAAACAGGGGCACCCAACGAGAAUAUAGUUCAAAACCACUUAAAUAUAGCAUUGUUAAACGUGUUUUAGUAUUUAAAUGGUAGAUAUAGGGAUACUUUUAUCCACUAAAAAUUUUUCAUCUGUUCGGAUUUCCUAACUGAAAGUCUCUUGAUCCGAAAAUUAUAGGGAUCAAAACUUACCUUUUCGAAAAUUUCAGCCAGGUGACCUUUUUAGGGUAAAAAUCCGUUAAAAAUGGGCAAUUAUACCAUUUUUUUUUACAUAUUCGAAGAACCUAGGAGAGACAGACAAGCAAGAAAUUUUACAACAAAUGUUCCGAAAACUCUAGAUCUCAAAUCGUCUUCCGAACAGAUAUUUUCCGAAAAUUGACGUUGGGUGCCCCUGAUUUAAAGUCCUUCCCCUUAAAUUUAAGCAUCUUUGUUUCUUCCGAGACUAUGGUCUCUCGUUUGAAAUUAAGAACUUUUGGUUACCCUUCCCCUUAUAGGUGCAGUCUGUUCGAAUCCUAGAAAUUUUGCAUGCAUGAACAAUAUCUGUAACUCAUUUCAAAUGGCUCCCGUGUUUCCUUUCCUAUUUUGAGACAAGAGACUUGUUUACGCAAAGCAAUAACGCUCUAAGCACUAAGCUCUUUACAAAACAUGCCCAUGUUGUUGACAGUUUGUAAGGCAAGGAAUUGGUUUAAUAGAGUAAAUAUCUCGGAGUUUGCUUGGGAGUUGGCAAACCUAAAAGCUCAGCUCCAUUAAAAAAUAAGUGGGAAAUAUUCAUAAAGCACACUAUAAAAAGAGAGGUUCUAGCAAAUAACAUUAUAAUAUAAUGCAUAACGAUUAUUCGUUCAUGAACUUUUAACAUGCUCUCCUGUUGUCCUGUAGACAUUUGCAAACAAGGCUUGCAAAGAGCAACCACUCUUUAACCUGUGCUGUAAUCAGAAUCCAUGUGCCAAUGGGGGCACCUGCACUGAGUUACGUGAAAACGCUAAAAACAAGUUCAACUGCACAUGCGCAGUGGGAUAUUACGGCAGGUAUUGCCAAAAACUAAGAGCAGUAUCUUGCACAGAGCAGCUGCAGAGAAACGAAGGAAACCAAGCUGGAGUCUACGAACUGUUUGACCCAGCGAAUAGGUCCAUAUACGAGGUCUUCUGUGAUGCCAUCUCUGAAAAAGGGUUCAUUUGGACUUUGAUUGAAUCUUUUACGCUUCGAAAUAAUAACGAAUUUGCGGACAAAGCAUUUUACAAACAUUAUCCGGUAAAUCAGGACGCCUUUUCAUGGAACAAGUUUCGUUUAUCUUGGCCGCUUAUGAAUGCCAUAGCAAGCCGCUCAACGCACGUGCGAGCAACGUGCAAUUUUAACACUGACGAACUUAAAUACAGUGAUUACUUGAGGGCCAAGUUAACCGAUAUCGAUGUUAUGCGCUUGAAUUUUGAUGGGUGCAAGAAAUAUGAAUUUAUUAGCGUACGAGGAUAUAACUGUACUAGCUGCACGGCUCACUUCGUCCAAAGGGAUUUUUGGCAUGCGCACACUGAUUCGUAUUACGGUCCAAGGAAAGGAUGUCAGUGUACCAGGCUAUCCGUAGGUGCAGUGAAGUCAAGACGAGGCGAGGAUAACUUCGGAUGGUAUGAAACGGUUAAUACGCUUCACACUUGUGUAUCGAGCAAUGAUUCGACAACUCAGUGGUGGUUUGGAGUGCGUUACUAA